AUGGCCGCCGCCGCCGCCUCGUCCUCCUCCACCGCCUUCCGCCCUCCUCUCCGCCUCCGCUCUCCACCGCAUCCACCACAUCUCCGCUUCAACCGUACUGGGAAGCGGCUGUUCCCGGUGGUACGCGCGGCUGAGACCGACGCCAAAGACACGAAGGCGAACGCCAAGGCCCCGGAGAAGGCGCCCGCGACGGAUGGCUCCAGCUUCAACCAGGACAUAUGGAAGAUCCGUCUUCAACUUACUAAGCCAGUGACAUGGCCUCCGCUUGUAUGGGGAGUUCUCUGUGGAGCAGCUGCCUCUGGAAAUUUCCACUGGACAGUUGAAGAUGUCGCAAAAUCUAUUGUAUGCAUGAUAAUGUCUGGUCCAUGCCUUACAGGAUACACACAGACACUUAAUGACUGGUAUGAUCGAGACAUUGAUGCAAUUAAUGAGCCUUAUCGCCCUAUUCCAUGGGAUGCUAUAUCAGAAAAUGAGGUAAUAACCCAGAUCUGGGUGCUAUUGCUAGGAGGGCUUGGAUUUGGCGCUUUGUUAGAUGUGUGGGCUGGGCACGAUUUUCCUAUUGUGUUUUAUCUUGCUGUGGGUGGCUCCUUACUUUCUUACAUAUAUUCAGCACCACCUCUCAAGCUAGGGAUCGCUAUUGUAAAUGAUUUUAAGAGCAUUGAAGGGGAUAGAACUCUGGGGCUUCAGUCACUUCCUGUUGCUUUUGGGAUGGAAACUGCAAAAUGGAUAUGUGUUGGAGCAAUUGAUAUCACUCAAUUAUCUGUUGCAGGUUACCUAUUGAGCACUGGUAAGCUGUAUUAUGCCCUGGUGUUGCUUGGGCUAACAAUUCCUCAGGUGUUCUUUCAGUUCCAGUACUUCCUGAAGGACCCUGUGAAGUAUGAUGUCAAAUAUCAGGUGUGCUUCAGCUGCUUCUCCCACUCUUUUACUACUUCCGAUCCAGCCUUUCCCGUUCUGAAGCUCUUAGCUAGUCGGAACCUACAAGUAGGGAACAGCUUGAGGUAA